CAUCAUUUCCAAACAAUGCUCAGGAAAAAGCCACGUUGACGAUCCAGACUGAACAGUAGUGCACAGUUUGAGACAGAAUAAAGCAGGGAUUUGCUUUAUUGGACGGUUCGGUUCCUGCUCGCAGCACUCGGCACAUCAGAGCAGCCAUGUCGUCGCCCCCGAAGGAGAAAGUGGAAACCAAAGGCGGACAUCUCCCUGCAGUAAAAGCAGGAGGGAUGAGGAUAGUGCAGAAACAUCAGCCAACUCCUGCACCAGAGCCGCCUCAGAAAGAUGACGAGGAGGAGUACGUCAGCAGCAGCCCUCCGAAGGUCCCUGUGAUUGUUUCUGGAGUAGUCACAAAGGGCGAUAAGGACUUCACGCCUGCUGCUGCUCAGGUGGCCCACCAGAAGCCCCAGCCUGGUGUCCCCAAGCUGCCCACCGCGCAGCACAUCAACCAGCACAUCCACCAGCCCCGCAAGUGAGCGGAGCAGCAGGCUCCGGCAGCUAUGCUUUACUCCACCAGCCAGCCUUCCCAAUGGAACACGUAGGAUGAAGAUGGUUCCCAACCAGGGCACAGACCUCUGCUAAAUGAUACCAGUAAUUUUUGUUUGCUUCUUGCUUUACAUGUUUGAGAAAUGUUUCAGCAGUUGAUGCUACAUGUCAGUGCAAAUGCUGUAGAAGUCCAACUGCUUGUACCCUGCUGCAUCGGUGCUGCACUACUGUUUCUGCACUUUCACGACCUCUCUUUUACAGGGAGUGUUCAAUAGCUCAAUAGUCUUGACUUGAAAUAAACAGAGCUUUUCUAGCAGCAGGGAAACUAUUCACAGAUUUAGCUGUUUUCGAGCUAAAACAACCAAUCACAGCCGACCUGUCUUACAGGCCAAGCAAACCAACCACCUUUGCAUGAUUAGCCUCAGCUCCAGACUUUCCUCUAAUAAAUCCCACAGACCAAACAGAUUAAUCCAAUACAUUAUCUUGUCACAGUUUAACACCAGAGUUAAAGUCAGUCUGAUGUUAAACUACCAGUGCAUCAAAGGUAAUCAUGAACCAGAGAAAGCCUAAUUACUGUAUAAUGGGCAGUAUUAACCAAUCAGAGCAAGUGCAAACAAUAUAAAAACAUUCUAUUUGUUUCUGUGUGCCAUUGUAAUGCAAGAAAUAAUCAGAGAUGCUUUAAUAGGUCACUAAAUUUAGCCAAAAAAAGAAAAAGAAAGCAUGAUCUCUUCGAUAUCUUAGGAUAUGCAGUUUUUGUAUCCCAACAAAGCCAAUUAAGUGCAUUCCCACUUAGCUGUCUCUUACUAUUCCUUUCUAUUUUAUAAGUGGGUUUUAACCCCCCAUUCCAGAUUGUGUUGACUAAUGUCCAUUUUAUCUGUGGCGCAAUAGAAAUGAUACCAAACAUGAAGAAAACUGCUUCUAGGAAACAGCUGGAGGAUGCAUUGUGUUUGGUCUAAACAUCAAAUGGAGGUAAAGUUUAUAAUGGACUCACAUUAGGAGAAUUAUACAACAUUCCAUGGAUAUGUUGAUAAGAAAAUAUGACGUUUGUUUGGGCUGGAACAUAGGGACUUUUGCGUAUUAGCAACAGAAAUCCUCAAAAUCAUACUUGCAUCUCCCAUAAAAAAAAAACACAUUACCACCAUCUUCCUUAAUGACCUAUUUUCUUAUAAUCAUAAGAAGUGUCAGUUGAUGCAACACUAAUGUUCAGGUUUCCAGGGAAGAAAAAUGUAUCUUACCACAAAGAAAUCAUUAUCUUUGUUCUUGUAAUUACGUUGAAAAGGUUUCAUUUUUGUUCUGUGCUUCUUUUUUUUUUUUUUUUUUUUAAUGAAUCAAUAAAUGUUAAAAUCUUGAGUCAUUGAAGUGGACUUGGGUAUUAGGUGUGGUUGUUGUAGUAAAUAAAGGUUUAGAAUAUGUUGAA